CCUUGAGUUGGUCGGAAGAGGUGGUUAGGCCAUCAGUUGGUAGUCCUGGGUGAGGAGAUGGACUCUGACUAGUGGUGGCCGAAGCACACGGAUCCACUGGAGGUAUGUAAUACAGAGGCACGGGCUACAGAGAACAAGGAUCAGGAGGCGGAGAAGAGGGGAGGAAAUACGGGAGGGAGGGAGCAGGGGGGGGGGAACUGAAUAUUGGCAGCGGAGACCUGUCGAAGGUGGGCGCUUGGCGGCGGAGAGGUUAAGCACAUAACAUCCCCUCGUCUCAUUCCGUCUGAGUGUUCAUCUUUUGAUUUAUAUGUUAGGACUCCUUCUCAAAGGGGGAAAGGGGAAGGAGAGGAGAAUAUCCUCUCCCUCCCUCUCUGUCUUUCUGUCGCUUGGUCCCUCACCCGCUUGAGUCGGGCUGAUUGCUCCUUCGAUCCAGAUGUUGACCCAUUAAGAAAGGGAUUUCACUGGGGGUGGAGAAGGGAGGAGCGGAGCCUGUGAAGGGAUCAACAGCAGGAGGAGGCGGGUGUGCUGGAAGGGAAAGAACGGUAAUACAGUGGCAAAGGUACUCCACUCCCUCUCUUGCUGGCUAAAGAUUGAUGGGGCAACAGCAGCAGUCAGAUACUGGAAAGAGAUCAACUGGGGGUUGAGAAGGGAGGAGCGGAGCCUGUGAAGGGAUCAACAGCACGAGCAGGCGGGUGUGCUGGAAGGGAAAGAACGGGAAUACAGUGGGAAAGGCACUCCCCACUCCGUCUCUUGCGGGCUGUAGAUUGAUGGGGCAACAGCAGCAGUCAGAUAGUGGAGGAGAGAUGGCAGCCACCGCGAACGCGCCGAUGACGUUUCAGGAUUUUCUGGACAGAAUGCGUCACCCCUCAGCCGCGGAUCUUGUCAAGUCGAUGAAAAGUUUUAUGCUUAAUUUCACAGGAAUUUGCGAGGGUCAAGAUCCCGAGAGGAAUAGUGCUAUUGUGCAGGAAUUCCUUGCCUCUACUGAAGCUGCCUUUCGCGCUCAUCCCUUGUGGGCAGGUGCCAGCGAGGAAGAACUCGAGGGCGCCGGUGAGGGGCUUGAGAAGUACUUGAUGACAAAGUUGUUCAAGCACGCAUUUGCCCCGACGGACGAGGAGAGGGAACGGGACCUGAAGCUGUCACAGACGAUCAAAAAGUUGCAGAGAUUUAUACGGCCAGAGCAUCUUGACAUCCCGCAGUCAGCACAGAAAGAAUCGUCGUGGGCGUUUGCACAGAAGGAGCUUCAGAAGAUCAACUCAUGGAAGGCGCCCCGUGACAAGUUGGUAUGCAUUCUGAAUUGCUGCCGGGUCAUCAACAAUCUUCUUAUGGUUGUGUCCCUUGCAAACGACACCAAUCCACCUGGAGCUGACGACUUUCUUCCGGUCCUCAUUUACAUUGUGAUCAAGGCGAAUCCUCCUCAAUUGCAGUCUAACCUUCUUUAUAUUCAACGGUACAGAAAUCAGAACCGCCUGGUGUCUGAAGCUUCCUAUUUCUACACCAACUUGCUUUCUGCAGUGUCGUUUAUUGAAAGCCUUGGUCCGAAGUCUCUCAAUAUCAAUCCCGCUGAGUUUGAGCAGUUCAUGAGCGAAGAGGAUGAGAUGAGUGGAGGGAGCGGCAUUCAACCUAGUCGGCAGGAGUCGAUUGAGUCACAUGCAAGCACCGUGACCACUGAAUAUACCCUGGCAUCCCCAUCUGACAGCGGAGAACAAGGCUCAGGAAGAAACUCCACUGUGGGUCGUUCUUCUUCUCCGCCACCUUCCUCCAACUCAUCAGCACAUCCAUGCCAUUCCCCGAGGGAGGACAGUGGGGUGAGUGGUGACGAAAGCAACCCUCCGCCUUCGCUAAGGAUAUCGUCACCGCCACCCAUGUCGAUUCCCUCGGCACCUGUUCCGGGUAUGACUGCCGCAACAACAGUGGCGACAGUGUCUUCAAGAAAAUCCCCAGUUUCCAGUUCCGCGGCUGCCGCCUCGUCGCCUUCAAAGUUUGUCAUGUCGGAUGCACGGACCCCUUCUCCUAUCUCUGGCAACAGCCCAAGAACCGGCUCUGGCAAUGGCAUGGGAGGUUCCUCGUCCAUGUCUCCAAGAGGGGUACAGAAAAGGGGAGGGGUUGACACUGUCAAAGUUGUUGAUGAAGGUUUGAGGUCUGGAUUUCUGCAUCCCUUCAAAAGACUUAUUCCAUCUGAUCUAGAAGCAAGUGCGAUGGAUAGCGUGGUGGAGGCUGCAGAGCUUGGACAGCUGGGUAGAGACUACAGAUUCUUGUAUGCCUCGUCCGGAGACUUGACCGUUGGCCAGGUGGAAGAUCUGUUACAGGACUACAAGGAGAUGGUUCUGAAAUACGAAGCGCUGAGCCGAGCAUUGGAGUGCCAUGAUAGGCAGAGAAUGGCCAUGGGGAGGUUUGGGCGGGAGCUUGAGAUGACUGUGGAUGCGAUGAUGAUGGCAGGGGCGCCUCGGUCCGCGGACCUCCAGCAUACAACACGAGAUCGAUCUCUGGGUGAGCUGAGUACGGUAGACGACGCAUGGAGAGAUGCCGCAGGCGAAAGAGAAGGAACAGCAGUGGCCAUGGAGUGCGCGGAAACGCCACUAACGAUGCGAGGGUUGGGAACGGAGGUGGUCAUGCCGACAGCUGGUGGACGUGCAAGCAGUGAAGUGCUACCCCCGGGCUUGAUGAGCGAAAACAGCAUGAUUUCUGGGAAGGACGGGUACGGUGAUGUAAACAAAUCAGAUUCCACCAAGUUUGUGUUCCCAGUGCCUGAAAGAAAUGGGAAGAUGGGCGAAGUAGAUGUGGUUGAAGAGUGGCAAGAUCAUGAUCCAACCACCGAGAGAACUGGUGAUGAUGCCAAUGUCAAAAGCCCUUCUGUGUCAGUGGUAAUCAAAGCUUGCUAAAACAGUCAUAUGGACUUGGUCAGAGAAGCAAGUACUCACAUCACCAGGCCACUUGUACUUCUUGUGGGAUCUUGAUACGUUGCAUGUUUUCUUUUCUUCUCCUGGGCAACGUCUGUGUCACGGAUCUGUUUUCCUGUCACCUCUUCACUUCUUCUUGCUUCGUGGGCCCAUACAUGCGAUUUUAAGCUUUGUGGCUCAUACUUGCAAUUCUUAGGUUUGUGGGCUCAUGCAUGCAACUGCAAGUGCUGUGUUGCUGCCGACACGGGGAGCCGUUUCCACCAAAGCCACCCAUCAUUCGUCCACCGUGCUUGAUGCAUGCUUGCAUAGAUGUAUGUCUGAAUGUUGAAGUGCCGUCUUGUAUGUGAUGAGACACAGCUUGAAGAUCCUUCAGUGUAGAUGUGACCGAUGAAUGGGGUGUGUGAGCUAUACGUUGACUUGACUGUUUCUUGGCUUCUGCCGUGCCGAUUGCCGCUUCCAGCGAUCUCGUUUGUAAAAUAUUGUUCUUUGCUGUGCAAGGUUUAUGACACUUGGUGGUUCUGAUCUGUGCCAAUCGCAAUCGAGUUGAGUGCGCAUGAGGUAACCCAUCCACCUGAGACGAUGCCGGAUGGUCCAUAGAUAUUUCUCUAUCUUUGUGUAUCAAGCAUUUGAGAUCUGUGUUGUCACACGGGUGUUGCGUACUGAAGGAAGGACAUGACACAAGUUGAUCUCUUAUAUUUCUUUGAAGUCUGGACUUGUUGGUUGGUCUUUGGCUUGUUUGCAACCCCUUUUCGCGAUUGUGUGCAUGCCUGUCUUUGCACUCCGUCUAACGUGUGGUCAUUCAUAUGAUGAUGAGGAUGAUUGGCACACCGCAAACAUUCUUUCGUCGAUUGACAAGCGGUUUAAAUGGGGCCAAGAGUCGCAAGACAAAUUUGCAGUGGAUUAACAGAUUAACGCUCUCAAGGAAGGUGGGCAGCUCUUUGUUCUUUGCGUUCCGAUGCUUUUCUGUAUGGGGCCUACGAAUACACAUGUCAUGCAGGAAGGGUCAAGUGGUUGAUUGCGGUUGAGAGAUAGGAGAUAUCCGAGGAGAAAAAGGUCGAUGGUGGUUUGCUAGACCUUAGAGAAGGGUGAAAGUGGGUGGGUGGUCACAGAUAUUGCUGUCAACUUGUUGACGCUGGAGUCAUUCGGAGUCCGAGUUAAAGUUAAAUUUGUCGAAUGCCCAUUUAAGACCUGAUGAGCUGCCGGGUUAGGUAGCUAACUGCUGACCCGUCAGCUCUCUGCGGAAAAGGGUCAGACAUCGUCGUUCAGGGUGUUUUCUUAGUCUGGUGAAUGCUAAUCUUGUUUUCUUAACUUUUUUCUCUGAUAUCUUUUGCACCCGCCCUGCCACCCUGUGGGUUAUCAUUUUGAUGUUACUCUCUCAUGGGGCCUGAUGGUAUAAUGGGGGGUAAUUAUUAUCGGCUUGUCCAGUAGCUCAUUCGUUAUGAAACGGAUCGUCGUUUAGUUCAUCUUAGAGUGUGAUUUGCAUUAUCCAGUCGUUGCAACAGUUGGGUUGCAAUUUCAAGGUAGAGUGAAAAAUAAUAAGUUCAGGUGAAUGUCUGCCGUGUCGCCAGCCUCUUGCAGGCAAGAUCAUGGGUGUUUCCUUUGUUGAGGCUGAGGCUGAGGCUGUGUUGCAUGUUCAAUGCUUUUCUAUUAGAACUUCUUGUGUUGUGGGUUGCCGCAUAUGGUGCUGGAGUCUCGCUUCAAAUCUAUAUGGGCAGAUGGUGCUGAUGAAUGGAGCAGGCCGCCUAAUGUCGGCUGGUGGUGGUCGUCGUGCCAGAGCUGCGGUCGGGUGGUCGCGGCGGAACCCAGCCUGGCCCUUCUGCACCCCAUGGGCUUGGAACAGGUGCGGUUUUGAAAUCUGGUCCGAGCUGGGUGCGGGCGGGCGGAAGAAGGACUCGGGUAUUGGCCACGGCCGGGUGUGGUUUUUGGCCCGGGUCGCCUAAAAGAGGAUCCCGUAUGCCCCGUUUUUUUUUUUUUUUUCCAGACACUUUGCCUUGCUUUAUUGGCCCUCAGGCCACACAACUUCCCCCAAGACAAUGCCCCAUGAAUAAAACAGUACGGGACCGAGGACUCACGGACUACAUACAUACGUUCAUGAUUAGGGUGCCUUUGUCUUUGCGGGAAGACGGCUGGCAGCAACGGCGCGAAGAUUCGACUCUUGAAAGAGGGCGACGGUGCUUCAAUUUCGAGAUGGGGUGACCCCCGAGUUUCAAUGUGGCGUGCCAAACUUCUUGCAGUGCAGAACCGGGCACAGAGAGGGUGCAUUCUCGGGUGCGUACCUUCCCCCGCCAUCUUCAAGCAUGCCGUAAAAGGUAGAUAUAGAUCCGCCCUUCUCGUGUUUCAUGUGCGCUAAGCUGCUCGUAAGUGAUUUUGUAGAGUUUCAUGCGCUCACUAUGUCCGGGUGUGCAUCCUGGUUAUGGGUGUUAUCGAUCUUUCACUUGCUGCAAUGCCAGGAGUUCUGAAGUAAGUCUAUGGUCGGCAACACAAACAUAAAAGAGAGGCGUGCAGUCCAUAGACUUCAGAAGGGAAGUCUGGGCUGUUGGCGUUUGACCAUCGGAGGUUUGACUAUCGGAGGUAUUCCCCCUUUGCCUGUGCAUGCAGACGUAAGGCCAGGAGCUCACGCUCCCGAAUCGCCAGCACUGAGCUGGUAUCGAUGGCUGUUCCCUUCCGGAGGCAAGGCCUUAGCUUCGGGAGAAGGCUAGCAAAGCUGUGAAUCUGAAAGCUCAAAGCCAUACCAGCUGGCAUUCGUGCUCGAUUUUCGUUCUGCGCAUCACCACCUGGGAUCUGGCCCCUCUCCUAUCACCUAUCCUUCAGCCCUGGAUCUCCUGUUUGGUUUGCAGGAGGGAUUGCCUUUUUCUCUUGUCGUGGCAAGAGGGGUCUUCGGGUGGUUUACUCGUAAACCAGUCGCCCGCAUUUGGUUUGGAAUACGCUUCCUCGAAAGAGUGGGUAUAUACCUUCAUGACACACGCCUAGACGGUCUGUAGGCUGUAUGUAGCUGCAUGGACUCUCCUAAAAUUCCUGUUAACGUGGCCUCUCGGGUUGGCUUUUGGGGAUAUACGGUGAGUUCCAGUUCACUGGUGGUUUGGCAACAAAAUUGGGAGUGGGAGUUUGUGGGUGUCGCACAUCAACAGAGUGGAGGUGGGGUGGGUUAUAUGCGGUCGGUGUAGUUUUUGUGUGGGUGUUGCAAAUCCACAGAGUGAGGGCGGGUGUUGAGGUUGGUGGAGUUUUUGUGGGUGUUGGUAAUAAUUCGACAGUGGAGAGUGAAGGUGGGUAUCGAGGCCGGUGGAGUGUUUGUGUGGGUGUUGCGCGUCCACAGAGCGGAGGUGAGUGAUGGGGUUCGUGGAGGUUGUGGGUGUUGGCGCAUGCGCAAUGCUGCCACAUCCACAGAGUGGAGGUGAGUGAUGGGGUCGGUGGAGUUUUUGUCGGUGUCGCACUUCGACAGAGUGGAGUGUUUGUGGGCGUUGGGGUCGUUGUGAGUGGAUUGCUGAUGUUUAUCUUAUCUCAAGGUUUAAUAACCGUUCGUUCACUUCUAUCACUGUUCUGGUGUGUGUUAUGGGCCCGAUAUGCCUUGUCCCGGUGCUGUUGGGGAGAAGACCGAUAUGGGACAAUUCCUAUACGCGGCGGCGCACAUGGAAGUGGAAAGGGCACUGCGCACACAUCUAUCACUGUCUUCUAUGGGUGGUAGAGUUGAUGAGCUACCUUUUUGUUGUUCUUCUUUUUUUUUUUGUGCGUGUGUAAUGGUUGGAGUGUUCUCUUGUGUCGGAGUGGAGGGAAGGUGCAGGAGGGGAGGGCACUUUCACUGCGGACGCACCAGAGCUGAAGCAGAGAGCAUCCAUUGUUUCUGGGAUUCUUUCCCUUUUUCGGUUUUUCCGUUAGGACCACAGCUUUCGGUGGCAGAGGUCGGAGGUGGAAGAGAGGCAGUGACCAGUCCCGCAGACCGAAUUGUACAGAAAUCCGUUACCUUGGUGCUGGACGGCAUGCCGGGCACGGCAGUAUUUUUGGGCUGUUGGUACGGAUGAUCCUCGAGAGGAACAGAGUGUUGGGAAACCGAACAUCGAAGAGGGGUGUGACCGGGUUAUCGACAGCGGAAUGUUGGAAUGGGUCGUACGGAGGAUAAAGUCUGGAGCAAGACUGCCUUUUUCUUUGCCUGAGUCAUAAAUUUGGGACUGUGACUGCGAGUGGAUGACGCUGCCUUUGCUUUCUUUGAUUUUGAAAGGGUGGGAGUGUUUGACUGUUUGUGUUUUUUUGGUGGGGGUUGCAGUGGUGGAGUGCCUGGGGGAUUUGGGGAGGAGCGCCGUCGGGGGGGGGGCGGGGGGAAGGGGUGUAAGGAGACUCUAUACUGCUUCUUGUUUUCUGGUCUACUAUAUAUUGCUUCCCGUUUUCUGAUCUAUAUUGCUUCUUGUUUUCUCGUCUAUAUUACUUCUUUUCGGUUUGCAGCAGCAGCAAUCUGUCGCUCUCGUUAUCCGCUCGCAAAUGCUAUCUUUUUUGUUGGAAACACUGUGUCUGGUUUACAUUAUCAUAGCUGUGCCGCAGUGUCAUUCCCUCACUUUUGUCGCCUUAAUAGAUGGUCCAAGGUCUGUGAUGUUUCAUAGUCGUACAGGUUGUUAACUUGAGGGCUAUACUCUUUGGCUUGGUCUAUAUAAUCUAUAUCGUCUAUAUCGUCUAUAGCCAGUUGCUCACAGGCUGUACCUAUAAUGCUCUUGCUGUCCGCUGCCGCUCGCUCGCUCGCAACAUUGUUUUUUAAACGUUCUUCCCGUUGGAUAGCGAAGUGCUAAAUGCUAUGCCCCGCUCGCCUUAACGUUUUUUUUUUUUUUUAUCCCUUCUGUAACGUUCGGUCGGUUGUCGAAAACCCAUGUUUUCACCGUGCUGCUAGCCAGCUCUUUCGUCGGCGGAUGUUAUAUGUUAUAUGUCCUCUCUGCUUGCCAUUCUAUUACGAGUCUUUUACGAUGAUUCUCCAUUCGCUCGAGAAUCCACGCGCCAAUGGUUUUUACGUUUUUAACUUUUGAACUGCUUUCUCCAAACCAGUUUCAUAAUUGGCUCAAGUGUUAUUCAGAAUGACUACCGAAGGCAUGUAAAGACGUGUAAAGAGAUUAACUUCCAAGUUCAAACAUCAAACAUCAAUUCAACCGAUUGAAAUGCCCCGCUCGCCGUUCCUGCCCAUGUAGCACGUACGCCGUACGACAAUGUCACUCGCUUUUUGGGGAAAGGGGAGAUUGCCAGCGGAACAAUGGCACUCGCUUUUGGGGAAAGGGGAGAUUGCCAGCGGAGCAGUUUGGAAAUACAAAGGAUUUGAAAGGAUUUGAAGUUUGAACUAUUUUCCUUUUGUAUACAGAUAUGUAUGUAUGUAUGUAGGAUUCGAUAAACUAUUGGCCGCCUU